GGAGCAUAGUCACGGGCAGGUCGAUACACAAAGCAGGACAAAGCAGGUCAACGCGCGAGGUAGGGCCUACAGUUAGGAAAUGACGUUCCUGCCGUCAUGUGGUAAUGAGUCACUUGUGCUCACACUACAUUUGCGUUUCAUUCCACUUCCCUGUCUGCUAUUCUGACAGGCAGGCUCACAUCAGAUUUUCCAGAUCGACUACAUUUUUAACUUGAGAAAUGUCUUCCACUGGUACAGAAGACAAUGGCCCUGCCAUAAGCAGUGCUCCACCACAGAGCCUUAAAGUGAAGGUCAACGACAAGACUGUCAGAAUGUCAUCUAAAAGCUCUGGUUCAGGGGAUUUGUCCCAGAGGCCCAAGUCAGCCCCUGGGAGAACUUAUGCACCACGUGGUGGACAAACCACUUUGAAGGACCCCAACAGAAAAGUCACAAGUCCUGCUGGGAAAUCUGCCCCAAAAACUCAAUUCUCUCCAACAACAGGUCAAAGAAGUACAGCAUCAUGGGCAGCACAACCCUUAAGCAAGAGCACCCAACACAGUGGGGACGCUGAGGCAUCUCGUCCCAAGUCUGAGGCUGUGCCCCUGGGCAUUGGUGUGAAAGUGGACAGGGCCACUGUCCAGUCUGUGGAAAUCCAGACUCGUGGCCAGAGCAAGAAUCCUAAGUGGUUCUCCUGGCGUCAAAACCGUAUAACUGCCUCUACCGCUCACCGUGUCUCUCACAGCCGCUUUGUUAGUGGCCAGAGCAAGACUCCACCAGAGUCCUAUAUGACCGCAAUCUUGGGAGAAGGUUCGAAUAUUAAGACCCGAGCAAUGGCCUGGGGCAUUGAGCACGAGGCUCAGGCAGCGCUGAUCUACCAGAGGCUGAAGAGCAAGACGCUGGGGCGCCCCGUGAAGGUUCAGGAGUGCGGCCUCUUUAUCGACCCACAGCGUGCCUGGUUGGCGGCAAGCCCUGAUGGCAUCGUGGAGGAUAAGAAAACAGGGGAGCGCCUUCUCUGCCUGGAGGUCAAGUGUCCCUACAAGCACAGAGAGAACACCGUGAGAGAAGCCUGCCUCCAAGAUUCGGCCUUCUGUCUGGAACUCGGUGAUGAGGGCCAGACGUACCGACUCAAAACCAAGCACAGCUACUACACUCAAGUGCAGUGCCAGAUGGCGGUGACAGGAAUACACAAGGCUGACCUGGUGGUGUUCACCCUGCGUGAGACUGCAGUUGUGCCUCUGACCUUUGACCCUAAAUUCUGGGAUGACACUUUGGCAAAGCUUGAGAAGUUCUACAGAGAAGGGGUCCUUCCACGCCUGAGAGAGAAAGGGAAUAUCAUCCCAUCAGCAUUGCCUGAGGAGUGAAGCCAUCUGCUACGUGUGUUUUUUGUUUUCCUUGCAUGAAACCUUACAGAUCCUGCAGUCGUCUAGUAUAGAGGACAUAUAGUCUGACUGAGCUGGCAGGAGCUGUGAGGUCUGCUGUGCUCUAUCUAGAAUUGGUUGAUGGCUACUGUGCAACUGCAACAAUGAUAAGCCUCUAACAAUGGUGGAGGUAUGCAUGUGUGAUCAAAGUGUUAUGUUCUAGCGACCUCAUACUGGAAAUAUGAAAACCGUAAAGCUUAUGUGGAUGAUACUUUUUAUAAUACCUUAACUGAUAUAUCAUGGUGACCACCAUGAAAAUAGAUUUACUGAUAAAAAUAAAUGGUUUCUAAUACUGGAAUCCAUGCAUGGCAACUCUCUUGCAUUUACACUACACAUUCAGGAGUGCCAGUGGUCUCCUGCAGUGUAAAGGGAAAAGUCUGACAGAAGUUAGCAAGAAAUGCUAAUGUCACUUACAGCAGCUUCUAUAGAUUGUGUGCUGUUACACUAUGGUGCCUUUGUUAUGUGCACGGCUCAAUGCAUGAAACAUAAAAGGGAGGCCACGCAGAAUUUAUAAUAAUAAUACUAAUACGUUAUUUAUUAAAUCCAAUAUCCAGGGUCGUAACACCUUCAAGAGAAAGAUUGUUGUGUGUAGAAUGACUGUAUUCAAUGUUUGAAUAUAGCAGCUGCUCCAAUUGCACUGAACACACUAUGUGAAGGGCUACUUCUGAGUUCCUUGUUUCACAAUAUGGAAUGGGAAAGUGUUUGACCUGUUUUUCUGUCUGCUUUCCUGCAUCUUUUUCAAAGUACAAAAUGUAUCAGGUAUCAGCUCCUAGUUUAUGGGUUUGCUUUUAAACUUGCUUUAGGAAUAAUAAAAAAAAAUACAUGCUUCUAAA